UGUGAUCACGUGGUGUGUUAGUAUGUUAGCCUUGAGACUGAGGCCCGCUGCUCUAACACUGCGCUCUAAAAGAGAGCGGCUCCUGAGAUCUCUGAGAUCCACACACAACCCAGUUUAUAGUCAUGUCUGACACAGAAGAUGUGAUGGAUGAGGGAGUUCAGGAGGAAGUAGAUGACCCAAAGUCCAAACCAAAAUAUCUAUCAAAUAUCCAACCACCAAAAAUUCCAGAGGGAGACAAAGUAGAUUUUGAUGACAUCCAAAAAAAGCGUCAGGAGAAGGAUUUAGCAGAACUACAGUCUCUUAUAGAGGCUCAUUUCCUCCAGAGACAGAAAGAUGAAGAGGAACUCAUUGCUCUGGUCAACAGAAUUGAGAAGAGGCGAGCGGAGAGAGCCGAGCAGCAGCAAAAAAGAGCAGAGAGAGAGAAAGAGCGACAGGCCAGACUCACCGAAGAGAGAGAGAGGAAGGAGCUGGAAGAGCAGAGAAAGAAGCAGGAUGAAGAUGCCAAGAAGAAGAAAGCUCUUACUAAUAUGACCCAUCAGUAUGGUGGCACACAGCAAAGGGGCGAAGGACGCAAAGGUGCAAAGAAACAGACCGAAAGAGAGAAAAAGAAGAAGAUCCUGGCUGAUCGCCGAAAACCACUGAGCAUUGAUCAUCUGAGUGACGACAAACUCAAUGAUAAAGCCAAUGAAUUGUGGCAGUGGUUGAUGCAGCUGGAAGCAGAAAAGUACGAUCUAAACGAGAAACUGAAACACCAGAAAUACGAUAUAAAUCAACUCCUUGCCCGCGUCCAGGAUCACCAGAGUGCCAAGGGACGCGGCAAAGGCAAGAUGGGAGGAAGGCUGAGAUAGAUGUUGACAGCACAUAUGAGAGGAAUUUCGGUCCUCCUGCAUUAGUUUUGUUUGAAGUUAUUU